AUGAUGGUCAUAGGCCGGUCCUUUUUAUUCAAUAACACAGCGAUCAGAAUUUCAUGAAUUCGGUAUUACUGGUAGUGCUGCAUAUCGGAGACCUAUUCAGAUAGGAAUAAUAACCAAAAGUUAGACAAAAGCCAGUGUAAAACAUAAAAUUGUUUGAAACCGUCUACUAUCACAACGAGUUGUAUGGUGGGGAAAUACCCCCAUCAAUUAAUUUACAUAGCCUAUAGUCCCGCAAGUUUGCCGUUGCUCUUCAUUAACGCCCGAACAACAAAAAUACAAGAACCUAGGGUAAUAUUUACAUAGGCUCUUUUCAGGAUCUUGGUGUGACAUGACAGCCGAGUUUCAUUAUCUCUCAGUCUCAGCAUAAAGCCUAUGCCAUGUGUUGACGACUCUCUUUAGGAUUACGGUUGAAGGCGUUUUCCUUACGAGGUGCAAAGGGUUUGUGAAUAUUAGUUUUAACAGAAACGUGUGCCAGGUUUCGAGCUCGUGUACCAGACUUCACCGUUCAUUGACAACAACAACAACAGCAGUAGCGGUAGACAGUAUACGAUGAUGAACCUGCAUGGAUCCUAUACAUAGGGUUUAUCGUGUCUGAAUACAGUUUAGAAUUUCUCUGAUACUAAUUUGAGGGUCAAAAACAAUGCCGGAACAUUCUCCAUCCCCUACUCCAGAGCGAGCAAUAUAUGGAUUUGUCCUCUAUCUAGGGGCUUACCUAGGGCUGGUGGUAUAUCUUGUCUGGGCCUAUUUACCUGAUAGCUGGCUUCACGCUGUUGGGCUGACAUACUGGCCUCAAAAGUACUGGGGCUGUGGCUGUGCAAUCUACUGUUGUGUGCUGAUUCUGCUGGUCUACAUCCCUCUACCUGGGGGUAACCUUCUAUCAACUCCAGAUCUGACCUCUUCCAACUCCUUCACAGGUGAGCGAGCAAUGCUGUCAGACCUUAAGUACUGUCUGUGGUUUUGUAUCAAAGAGUACAUUACUCCUGUACUGUGCAAAAUAAAUAUGCAAAGUAUCAAAGUGAUCAAGCAGUUCCUACACAGCAGUGUUCCACCACUGCGGGAUAUGUGCCUGUCUGAUGUCAGCGAACAGCUGUAUGGGAGCACCAUAAAUCCCAGCUGAACAAUGUGUUCACCUGAGGGCACUAACAUUGUGACAGGGAGCUGAAAAGCUGUAUGGUACCGUCAACGAUCACAGAUGAAUACUGUGUUCACCUGAGGGCACCAACAGUGUUACAGGGGAGCUGAACAGCUGUAUGGGAGCACCAUAGAUCCCAGCUGAACGCUGUGUUCACCUGAGGGCACCAACAGUGUGACAGGGAGCUGAACAGCUAUGUGGGAGCACCACAGGAGCACAGUUGAACACUGUAUUCACCUGAGGGCACCAACAGUGUGACAGGGAGCUGAACAGCUGUAUGGGAGCACCAUAGAUCCUAGCUGAACGUUGUGUUCACCUGAAGGCACCAACAGUGUGACAGGGAGCUGAAAAGCUGUAUGGGACCAUCACAGAUCACAGCUGAACACUGUGUUCACCUGAGGGCACCAACAGUGUGACAGGGAGCUGAACAGCUGUAUGGGAGUACCGUAGAUCCCAGCUGAACGCUGUGUUCACCUGAGGGCACCAACAGUGUGACAGGGAGAUGAGCAGCUGUAUGGGAGCACCACAGGUCCCAGCUAAACGCUGUGUUCAGCCAAGGGCACCAACAGUGUGACAGGGAGAUGAACAACUGUAUGAGAGUACCAUAGAUCCCAGCUGAACAAUGUGUUCACCUGAGCACACCAACAGUGUGACAGUGAGCUGAACAGCCAUAUGGGAGCACCAUAGAUGCCAACUGAAUGAUGUGUUCACCUGAGGGCACUAACAGUGUGACAGGUAGCUGAACAGCUGUAUGGAAGCACCACAGGUCCCAGCUGAAAGCUAUGUUCACCCGAGGGCGCUAACAGUGUGACAGGGAGCUGAACAGCUGUGUGGGAGCACCAUUGAUGCCAGCUGAAUGCUGUGUUCACCUGAGGGCACUAACAGUGUGACAGGGAGCUGAACAGCUGUGUGGGAGCACCAUUGAUGCCAGCUGAAUGCUAUGUUCACCUGAGGGCACUAACAGUGUGACAGGGAGCCAUAUGGGAGCACCAUAGAUGCCAGCUGAAUGAUGUGUUCACCUGAGGGCACUGACAGUGUGACAGGUAGCUGAACAGCUGUACGGGAGCACUAGAAAUCACAGCUGAACACUGUGUUGAGAUGAAGGCACCAACAGUGUGACAGGGAACUGAAAAGCUGUAUGGGAGCACCACAGGUCCCAGCUGAAAGCUGUGUUCACCCGAGGGCACUAACAGUGUGACAGGGAGCUGAACAGCUGUGUGGGAGCACCAUUGAUGCCAGCUGAAUGCUGUGUUCACCUGAGGGCACUAACAGUGUGACAGGGAGCUGAACAGCUUUAAGGGAGCACCACAGAUCACAGCUGAAUACUGUGUUCAGAUGACGGCACAAACAGUGUGACAGGGAGUUGGACAGCUUUAUUAUUUUCAAAAGUUGCAAAAGUGUUUCAAGUACAGUUGACAGUUGCCUAAUUUGUCCGUGUUGUAAAUGUUUACUGAUUUGGAUGGGAAUGUAAAUGUGCUCACAAAGUGUCAUCUAAAUUUUCAUACGUUGCUAUGACGUAUAUCUUUACUUACAUUCAAAGGCCUCUGACAGUGAACAAAACCUUCAGAUUUUUUUACCUUCUUCACACUCAGAGGCUUGAUUAUCACGUUAUUAGUCAAAGGUAUAAUGUUAUCCAGUUAAAAUCCAGUGCUUAUUACAUUGUAUCUGCUCCUAUAGGUACUAGUAUGUCACAGACUAUCAGUGGUUAACUUCAUACAGCACACUCCACUAAUGACCAUGGCAGGCAGGUUUCUCCCUUAACAACAGCAUUAUAGUCAGGGGAGGUGUAAUUCUGAAACUGAUGAAAUGACCAUUUGACAAGUUUUGUGUGGUAUAAUUUGUCCAACGUAAAUGAGGUUUUAUAAG